CAUCCAGCUGGCGCCCACCUUCAUCACGACGGUGUCCAUGUUCUUGGCCUGGUUCUCUCUGUUUCCAACCCAUUCUCAGAACAACAUACAAACACGUUUUCCUCACUGCGCUUAUCUACAUUUAUCGCUUACCCGUUCUGACAUACAUCCCUAGACAUUCACGAGCUGCAUACCACUCCAUUCCCUCCAGCUACAUACCAGGUCGCUUUGCGGUCUGCCGACCAUGGCCGACGAAGACGUCACCUUCAGCGUAAAGUCAUCUGGCGACGCAAAAUACAACAUCACGAUCCCUGGGAGCACUACGGUUGCAGACUUGAAGAACAAGCUCUCUGGAUCAGAUUAUGCAGAUCUACCAACAGACAGGAUACGACUGAUAUACUCUGGCCGUGUGUUGAAGGACGCAGAUACCCUCGCAAGCUACAAGAUUAAGGACGGACACACGGUACACCUCGUAAAAGGAGCAGCGAGCAAUGCUCGGCAGCAUCCAGCAAACCAAGGCGGCGCGAAUACCACUUCUGCGUCUGCUGGCUCACCACCUUCCGCCGCUGCUAACGUCCCCACGAAUUUCGCCGCUGGAACCGGCCACAACCCCCUUGCUGGCCUGACUGGUGCACGAUAUGCUGGUCUACACGGACUUCCAGGUGCAGACACAUUUGGCCCAGAUGGUGGUAUGGGAAGUUUUGGAGAUCCCGAGCAGAUGGCUCAGAUGUUGGAAAACCCAAUGUUUGCUUCACAGAUGAAUGAGGCCAUGAACAAUCCGGAGUUCAUGCGCAUGUUACAAGAAAGCCCCAUGCUUCGCGACAAUCCCGUGGCUCGUCAGGCGCUCGAGAGUCCUGAAUUCCGAAGGAUGAUAUUCAAUCCAGAGAUGAUUCGUAUGCAAGCUCAGAUACAGCGUAGUAUGAACAGGGGUGGCGCGAAUGCGUUCCCUGCGCCAGGAGUGACAGACACAACACCUCAGAACCAACAGAACCCUACCAGUGGUACAGACACAACUGGAACACAAGGCACCCCCAGUAUUACUCCUCCACCUCUCAACCCAUUUGCACAACUUGGUGCGGGUAGUGGAACUGGUCAGAACCCCUUUGCUGCUCUAUUUGGCAACGGAAGCAACCCAUUUGGCGCACCUGGUGCCAACCCUUUUGGAAGUGCAGCCAACCCGUUCAGUGGAGUGGCCACGAACCCAUCAAGCAACACGGAGGGCCAGCAAGGUCAAGGUCAGGCUCAAGCAAACCCAUUUGCAACGAUGAUGCAACAGAUGAUGCAGGCACAAGGAGGCCAGCAGGCAGGAACCGAUCCGAUGGCUCAAAUGAUGAAUCUCAUGGCAGGCAUGCAAGGGCAGCAACCUGCACAAUCUUCGGACAACCGUCCGCCCGAGGAGAUAUACCAAGACCAAUUGAGGCAACUCAACGACAUGGGCUUCUACGACUUUGAUCGCAAUAUCCAGGCUCUCCGCAGGAGUGGCGGAAGUGUUCAAGGGGCGGUAGACCAUCUGCUGAACAGCUAAAGCGACCUGUGGACCAAAAGAUGAGCGUGGCAUUAUGUUUUAUACCUCCGCUUGCCAUGAUGUGGCACUUUGUGACCUAUUUACAAGGGCUCUCGGUGCUGUGUUGAACUUGUAGGCUAUUGAUCCGAUGAAGUGCAUACGUGAAGGCUCUAGGCCCACAAUGAUAACAUACACCUCCUUCUGUCACAUUGAUCUGGAUCGGCUUCCAUUUGACUGUGUGAUUGCAUGAACAAAACCUUUAGCCAGUACUUCUAGACAUUCAACAAUCCAUUCGAAAGAUGC